AUGGCUGUCGUUCCUGAGAGCAGAGUUCUAAGUUUUAGCGUGUUCAAAUGGAGCUCUUACUCCUCUUCAUAUUUACCCGAGAAUAUCUUGGUGGACAAACCUAACGAUCAGUCUUCCAGGUGGUCUUCGGAGAGCAACUACCCUCCUCAGUUUUUAAUCUUGAAAAUGGAAAGGCCGGCUAUUGCUCAGAGCAUCACCUUUGGAAAGUAUGAAAAGACUCAUGUCUGCAACCUGAAGAAGUUUAAAGUCUUUGGUGGGAUGAGUGAAGAGAACAUGACAGAACUUUUGUCCAGUGGCCUUAAGAAUGACUACAACAAGGAAACAUUCACCUUAAAGUACAAGAUUGAUGAGCAGAUGUUUCCCUGCAGAUUUGUCAAAAUAGUUCCUCUGAUGUCCUGGGGUCCUAGUUUCAAUUUUAGCAUCUGGUACAUUGAGCUGCAUGGUGUUGAAGAUCCUGAUGUGGUGCAACCCUGUCUUAACUGGUAUAGCAAGUACAGAGAACAGGAAGCCAUUCGCCUUUGCCUCAAGCACUUCAGGCAGCAUAACUACACAGAGGCCUUUGAGUCGCUCCAGAAAAAAACUCGGAUAGCACUAGAGCAUCCCAUGCUCACUCACUUACAUGACCGGCUGGUGCUGCAAGGAGACUUUGAUGCCUGUGAGGAACUCAUUGACAAAGCUGUGAGAGAUGGCUUAUUUAAUCAGUAUAUCAGCCAGCAGGAGUACAAGCCGAGGUGGAGUCAGAUCAUUCCGAAAUGCAACAAAGGGACAAGUGUCCCAGAAAUCAACCGAGAUGACAUGAGCGGUGACAGCGAUGACAACAGACCAGGAAUGAGAGGAGGACAUCAAAUGGUCAUUGACGUUCAGACUGAGACAGUGUACCUGUUUGGGGGCUGGGAUGGCACACAAGACCUGGCUGACUUCUGGGCUUACAGUGUUCAAGAGAACCAGUGGGCUUGCAUCUCCAGAGACACUGAGAAAGAGAAUGGGCCAAGUGCCCGUUCCUGCCACAAGAUGUGCGUUGACUCUCAGCGGCGUCAAAUCUACACACUAGGCCGAUACCUGGACUCCAGCGUCAGGAACAGCAAGUCUUUGAAGAGCGACUUUUACUGCUAUGACAUUGACGCAAACACCUGGACACUUCUCAGCGAGGACACGUCUGCUGACGGAGGGCCAAAGUUGGUGUUUGACCACCAGAUGUGCAUGGACUCAGAGAAGCACAUGAUCCACACAUUCGGUGGUCGGAUUCUGACAUGUAAUGGCAGUGUGGAGGACAGCCGGACAUCAGAACCUCAGUUCAGUGGCCUGUAUGCCUACCAUUGCCAGGAAGGAACAUGGAACCUCCUGCGGGAAGACUCGUGUAACGCUGGGCCAGAAGAUAUCCAGUCCCGGAUCGGACAUUGCAUGCUCUUCCACACUAGAAACCGCUGUCUGUAUGUGUUCGGAGGUCAGAGGUCAAAGACUUACCUCAAUGAUUUCUUUAGCUAUGAUGUGGACGGGGAUCAUGUAGAGAUCAUAUCUGAUGGCACCAAGAAGGACUCUGGCAUGGUGCCAAUGACAGGCUUUACCCAGAGGGCCACCAUCGACCCCGACCUCAAUGAGAUCCAUGUUCUCUCGGGCCUCAGUAAAGACAAGGACAAACGUGAGGAGAAUGUUCGCAACUCUUUCUGGAUCUAUGACAUCGCCCGCAACAACUGGUCAUGUGUGUAUAAGAACGAUCAGGCAGUGAAAGAAAACCAGAGCAAGGCUCUGCAGGAGGAUGAGCCGUGCCCACGCUUUGCACAUCAGCUUGUAUAUGAUGAGAUGCACAAGGUGCAUUACCUGUUUGGUGGAAACCCUGGGAAGUCCUGUUCUCCUAAAAUGCGAUUGGACGACUUCUGGUCCCUCAAGCUGUGUCGGCCUUCUAAGGAGUAUCUGCUCCGUCACUGCAGAUACCUCAUCAGGAAAUACAGGUUUGAGGAGAAAGCCCAGUCAGAGCCCCUAACUGCACUGAAAUAUCUUCAAAAUGAUCUGUCGCUUACUGUGGACCACACAGACCCUGAUGAGACCAAAGAGUUUCAGCUCCUGCCCUCAGCUCUCUUCAAGUGUGGCUCUGACUUCAUCCCUCUGGGUUUCUCAGAUGUGGACCAGACAUACGCUCAGCGGACUCAGCUCUUUGAUAUGCUUGUCAACUUUUUCCCGGAUAGUAUGACCCCACCCAAGGGCAACCUGGUAGACCUGAUCACCCUCUAACCCCUCCUGCCUCUGACACGCCCCUCCGUACCCCUCAUCACCCACUGGACUGACUGAACCCCACCCAUGCACCUGAUGGGACAGAGGAAACACAGACCUGUUAUUUUUCUAUUCCUGAACUUUGCUUGUGGGAGUAAACUUGAUGUGGAUCAUCCCCAUCUCUAACACACUGACUUGCUGCUGUCAGGCUGCAUUAAUGCUGGUGAUGGUUAUAAACACACACACACAUUAUAUAUAAGCAGACUUCCACGAUAGCUUGAAGUGUGUUUUUCCAGUUUCACUUGAAUAUUUCUGCCAUUUUUUUCCACGUACUCAAAGCCCAUUAUAAUCAAACAUAGCCAAAACAGUUUUUGUCUGACUUGGUUUUUUGUUCCCAGAAAAGUUUUGACCAAAUAGGGUAUUUCCACUCAUUUGUUUUUAGUCAUGUUUCUUUGAAUGUUCCUCCUGAAAGGGAUAAAUCAAAGAAAAAUUAAAACUCACUCAUUAUCUAGUCACCACGAUGCCGAUGGAGGGGUGGGUGAAGUUUUGAUUCCACAAAACACUUCUGGAGUUUCAGGGGUAAACAGCAUUGCAGCCAUAUCCAAUACAAUUGUAGUAAAUGAUGACCACUUCUUCAAAUAGAAAACAACUUAAAAUGCCUCCAUCCUGCUCCUGUGGUGUCAUCUAAAUGUCCGUUAGACCCAACAUCCACAUUUUAAUUGAAAGGGCAUAAUUUAUGCUCCUCUGGAGCCGCAUUUCCACAAACACACACUGCACACAAGCUCUCGGCCAAGGGUGCCUACGGUAGCAUUGCUAGUUCAGUUAGCAUUGGCACUUCCGGUAGCAAACAUUUUGACACCACAGAACAAUAUUUAGGCAUUUUAGGGUUUUUUUCUGUUGUUUUUUACAUUUGAAGAGGUCAGUCGACUUACUUAAAUUGUAUUGGCAACGCGGUUUAUCCCUGAAACUGUUUUGUGGACUCAAACACCUUAGUUUUUAUUUUUCGGUGAACUAUACCUGUAGGCUUUAUGUGCUAAAGCAUAAGAUGAUUUAUGUUCAGGCCAGUUGUAAAGUCAAGAAACCAUUUAAAUUCAAAUUCAUGGGUGUUUAAUUCAUUUUAAGACGGGACAGAAAACAUUUAAAAGGAAAUAAUUUUAUUUAUUUAAUCUUACUUAAUGUCAGCUCUCAUUUUCAUGAUUUGGUUAGCUUCGAUUUCUGUAACACAUGCCCCCAUUUAUAACAGAGAGACUGAUGAGAUGCAUCAAAGUAUUGUUUGAACAAAAUUGGACUGGUUCUAAGAGAUAAAGUUUAAUAUAUAUUUAAAUAUACAUUUAUAUUGGUUCUGGGUGUUUUCCUUGUAAAAUUUCUGUUCUCAGUCAUUCAUGGACUCAACUAUUAGAUGUCUAAUGUUGUACAAAAUAUGUAAAUAUACAUGUAAGAUUAUUUUCAAAGAUUCUUGGAUUUAACAGAUCCUAUGCUGGUUCAUGCUCUUCCUCGUCCCUCUUAAUCAUAAACUGCGUCUGCAUACAGUUACCUCCAGGUUCUAUAUGUAAUAUCUAUACUUACUCAUCGGGAAGAAUUUCAAAUAACUGGUAUGUGAGUUUUGAUGAAAUAGUGGUAAUAGGGCGAGAAGGUGUUUUAAGGUCUGUUUGGUGUGUUGACAUGUUUGUUCUGUAUGAUAAAGAUGUUUGUAUUAUUUGUCUCUCCAGCGGCGACAGGCAGUGACCACUGUGAACAUGAUAUCUAAAGAAAAACUUGAGGGUGUAUUUUCUUCAAGUGUGGUACAAAAUAUUCACUUGGACUCGAGGAUGACCGAUUAGAUUUUGCUAGUCAAAGGUCAAGGUCUCGGUGGCCUCACUAAAACACCUUUGUGGUUUUGGAACGCAACAUCUCAGGAACACCUUGAGGGAAUUUCUUAAAAUUUGGUACAAAUGUUCUCUUGUAGUCAAGGAUGAAUGAUUAUCUUUUAGUGGUCAAAGGUCACGGUGAGCUCAUGACUUGUGAAUGUGAUAUAUCAAGAACACCCAUAGGCAAAUUCAUUACAUUUUGCUCAAACAUUCACUUUGACUCAAGGAUGAGUAAAAAACUUUUUUGCCUUGUGAAUGCAUUAUCUGAAGAAUACCUUGAGGCUCUCUUUUUUAAUUUAGAGCAGAAGUUCACUUAGACUCACACAUUAAUUCAUAAGUCUUUGGUCCCCAAAGAUCAAGGUCACAGUGGCCUCUAAAACAUGAUAUUGCAAAUCUCUUGAAGGAAUUUCUUCAAAUUUCAAACAUUUGUCACCUGGAAUCAAAAAUCUACUAAUCAGAUGUCAGUGGGCAAAAGUAACAAUGACUUGUAUGAGUCUGGAAAAAGAAAAGUAUGUAGAUUGAACUACUCUGGGUGAUGGAGCCAUACAACCACAAUGUGGAAAUUCUAGGUGGUUUUUUUCUUCUUCAAAUCCCUGCUGUCUAAAAAAAAAUGUAAUGUACAACCGGCCUAACUCAUCUGCUGGCUGAUAAACUCAAAAUCCCCCAUGUUUUCUGUGCAUACACAAAGCAUGUUUUAACUCACGCAAUUUAUUUGACAUCUGAAAGGAGGUACUGUAUACUUUACUAAAACUCUGCUGGGCUCCCACUCCUCAGUUUCAAAAGACAGCUGUCUCCCACUUGUCCAAUGGAAAUAAAUCAAGUAUCAUGGUGUAAUUUUUAGAAAUAAUAAAUAGACUGCAGAAAACCAUGUUGGCUCAGUGAUUUCUGCAUAAAGGGACGAAAAGCAAACAUAAUCUGCUAACAUGGAGUGUGCUCAGUCCUUUGGACACAAGAAAGACUGAGCAGGCAGCCUGUUCUGUGUGCUGAAGGAAUAAACUUAAACCAGCAAGUUGCUAACAGCUGAUCAUACAGUAAGCCAGAAACUGAAUACCUGAGUCCCUUUUUCACAUUUUUUUUUAAAUGUGUCAGUCAGUGCCUCUCCAGAGAAGCUUAGCUAAACAGCUUGGAGCUAGCAGUAUUCAUGUAACCAACAAAAUAAUAAAAAAGAAGCAGGUCUGAAGUGAAA